AUGGCUGGCCCAACUUCCGUACCGUUGGCCUUGGUCGUUCUCGUUCUCUUACCUUUCGAUCUCCUCACCUGGGCACUUCGUUUUUACGUGCGUCUUACACGAAAGGCAUGGGGACCAGAUGACUGGUCUAUGGUUAUAGCAAUUCCGCUCUUUACGAUUUCGACAAUAGGCAUGCUCGGCAUUGCGUUUACUGGAGGUGGGAAGAAGGAUGCUGACCUUACCAAGGAGGAGACGGAGACUGCAAGGUUUGUAAGUAUAUUC